AUCAGAUUAAAAUUAUUUAUUUCAUUUAAAACCCUUACUCCGUAUGAUAUCUUUAAUUUAUUACAAGUAGGCUUGGAAUUUGUAUACAUAAAUAAAUGUAUGCAGGCUGAUUCGACUCUGGAUGCAGAAAUUAAAGCUUUGAUCUUUGCUACACGAUGGUCCAUGGAUAUCGGGUUUAGUCAUUUUCAGGUGGAGGUAGAUUCUGAGGUUGCUUUAAGGUAUGUUGUUGAUGAACGAUCGGGGAGAUGGAGGAUCUCGGUUCAGGAAAUGUUACUUAUCUCAAAUAGGAAACUGGUCUCCUUCAGACAUGUUUGAAGAAAAGCUAACUGGGCUGCCAAUAAUUUAGCCAGGUGGUAUUGCUGUUUUAACGAUGAGUGGCCUGCUCUUGGCUUUUGGACUUUGGCCAAUCCAAUUUUUGAGGAGAAUGUGAUUUCUUUAGGUGCAUUUAGGAAAGUUUCCAUGAAUUUAGUAUUGAACACACAUUUAACAUGGAACAUUUAAAACCUAGUUAAGCUUAAACACCCUGAAAAUAACAUAGUAGUAUUUUCACUAUUUUGUAUUUUUUUUGGUUCAACUAUUAGAGGCUAUAAUUUAUUGGUAUGCAAUAUCAUCACAUGUGAGUUAUGUAAGAAUUGUUUGUUUAGCCUUCACCAACUCUGUCCAUGUACUAAUCCAAUUCCGAAUAUAUUGCCC